UCGCACUCCAUCAGCCCUGAAGAGAGAAUACGGAGAGAGUGGGGGAAAGAGUGCGGCCUGGUUAGGCCCGCGCCUCUUCCCGGAUCGAUACCGGGCCAGAUUCAGCUUAUAAUUGAUCCAUAUGAAGAUUGUUCUGGCAACGUUCUGGAAAUCUAGAACAUUUUACUUGGUCUUCUAAAUCGUGGGUUUAAAGAAGAGUCUGUCCAAAUGAGCAAGACAUCACAACAGAACACAACUGCAGAAACCAGUGGAGUAAGUGUCAUCUUCACCCAAGCACACACCAGUGGGUUGCAACAGGUUCCUCAGUUGGUGCCUGUUAGUCCUGGAGGGGGAGGGAAAGCGACACCUCCCAGCAAGCAGGGCAAGAAGAAUUCCGUCCUCGACAGGAACAGUGAUGAAUACCGCCAGCGCAGGGAGCGCAACAACAUGGCGGUGAAAAAGAGCCGCUUGAAAAGCAAGCAGAAGGCCCAGGACACGCUCCAGAGAGUCAACCAGCUCAAAGAAGAAAAUGAACGCUUGGAGGCCAAAAUCAAACUCCUGACAAAAGAGCUGAGCGUGCUCAAAGACUUGUUUCUUGAACACGCCCACAACUUCACAGACAGUGUGCAGCCUGUUGGCACAGAGAGCACCCCGACAAACCCAGAUGGCUCCGGACAGUAGACAUUCUCACCUAAUCCAUAAAGCUGGGUAGAGCGGGCAUUGCCUUCCCUGCGCAAGUCAGAUGCAGCAACAAAGGAGGACUUUUUCUUCUAAUCCUUGUAACAACUGUCAUUUUGUGGGUGUCUUUUUUAAAAUAGUAGGCUUAACACUGAAGGGGGGGUGAAGUAAGUAAACUACAACCUGUUUAUUAUUAUUUGUUUGGAGCGAAGUGUUUUAACAUACUUUUGUUCUUGCAUUUUUAAUUAAGGAAAAUGGUCAAAAUUGGCAGUCAUCCCCAACAUUACCUUACCACAGUGCACACUUUCAGUCUUCAUUGCUCAAGUUAUCAAUUUAAAAACCUAAUUGAAAAGGCAGCAGUUUUUAAAAAUACAUAAAUUAUUUUUAAUAUAAGAACUUGCAAAAAUCAUGGAAAGUCAGUGCCAUCUUAGGAAACUCGUUCCUCAGUCUUGUAGGGCUGCUAAGGUGUUGCCUGCUGCAAGGUGUGCUUUUUCUUAAAACAAUUUUAUAUAUAGAUUUAUACAGAUCAAAUUAAUCAACUCAAACUUCUUAAUUGUGGGGACAGCCCUAAACUAGUUGAUUGGUUUGACUUCAGUAGAGUGUCAAAACAAAUAUGCUGUGUAGAAAAUGGACUUCAUUUUAAAUUCAGUGACUGUUAGCUCAGAGCUGGUUGAAGAACCUUUUAAAAUUUCAUCAGCUGAUUUUUCAUCAUGUUUCAAACAUGAAGCCCAAAUCUUGCUGACCACAACUUCCAUAGUUUAUGCACAACGAGGGAGGGAUGCUUGCUCAAGGUCUGUGCAGGUUGACUGUUUCUUCGGGUCUGUUGAGAUGUUUACCUGUAGGGGGAUCGGCAGCUGUUCGCAAGCAAUAAGAGUGGGAGGGAUGGUGAGCAGGUAAGGGCUCUGCGGAGGAACACUCCCUUGUUUGUUUGAAGAUGGGAACUGUGGCCUUGUGUGAUGUGCCCAGUGUAAGUGUCUUGGGGGCUGAACACUGUGAAGGUGUUCUGAUGGUGUCAGGUCUUGUGGGUUAUGCAACAACCUCUAGAAGAUCUGUGCACAUGUUAGGGACAGUCCAGAAGGGUCAUUGCAAAGUGAAAACAAUGGGUGAUUUUCCUCCUGUAACCCACUAUUCAUUUCACUGCCUGCCCCAGUGAUCGCAUUGUAAAGAAGGCUGUAAUAUUGUGCAAGGGCUUGGCACUAUUUCCACCAAGCAGCCUAAGUUCUUGGCUCAUUCUGAGCAAAAUAAACUGCUGAUACCAUGUGGGCCAAACCAGGCUGGGUAGGUAUAACAGCCAGCUGGAUUAAAAGCAAAUUUGGGUGGUUUGGUUUUGCUUAAUUAGACAUUGUCCUCACAAGGCUACCAAGCAACAUGAUUUUAAAUUCUGUCUCCUUUGACUUUCCUCUGUGGAAAGCUCAAGAAAACUUAAGGUUUUUGAUAAAAUUUUCAAAUGUUGUUAAGCCCCUUUAUACAUUUUAUGUUACAUAGGAAACAAUACAGGAAACAAAGCAGGGAAGUUGAUGUAACCUUAUUUUAAUUUAUUUUCUGUUAAAUAUUUUCACUCAUGGUAUGUUUGCAUAUGAUUAGACCCCACCACAAAUGACUGUUUUAUACCUCCCCUCCCUUUCCAGUCAUUGUGUUGUAUAUGCAUUUAGAAAGGUUGUGGUAAGAAUUCAGUCCUGAUGAUAGAACAUUAAAAAAAAACUACACACAAA